ACCUCCCCGCAAUACGUAGUAACCGCAUCCACACCUCCGCGAAUCUCUCGCACACCCGCAGUUACCAAUAACAAGAAAGCCACGCGAUCGAAACCCCAAGGACAAUCGCAGAUCGAAGAUCGUGUGCGUGGCUUGGCAUUCUGCUCAUGGGGAAGGCCUACCGCAAGAAGCUGGGCGUGAACAAGGCGGCCACCCCCGCCGGAGGGAAGGGCAAGGGAGCCGGCGGCGGCAACGCUAAGCGCUCGGGAGGCGCAGCGGGCGCUGGCGGUGCCGGACCGGGAGGAGGCGCCAAGGGAGCAGGUGGUGCGGGCUGGGGAGGCGCGUCGACGUUCUCUGCCACCUACCAUAGCACCUUUCAGACGGCAGUGAAUGUCACGAACGAGUACUACAACCAGUGGGGGAACGACUGCUCGUCCGACGACGACGGCCCGCCAUCCGCUCCCGCCGACGAUAGCACAUUUGAGACGGCCGUGAAUGACACGAAUGAGUACUACCAAGAGGAGGAGGAUAACAACUGUUCGUCCCCAUUCGCUCCAGCCGACCAUAGCACCUUCGAAACGGCCGUGAAGAUCAUGAAUGAGCACUACGAUGACGACGAGAACCUCGGUUUGUCCAUGGAUAGCGAGGAAGAGGGCGUGCAGGAUGCUGAACCUGUGUCUGAUGCAGACGGGGAGGGUGAUGACGACGCCGGGAGUGGUGAUGACCACUUCGGUGACGAUGACUACUACGACGACGACAUAGCCGGCUGUUUCGACGCUUUCUACGAUCCCGGUGAUGCUGGGGAUGGAGCUGAUGACUGGUGGUAGUGAUCCAGGAACGAGGACCCAGGAACUUGAGGCAUCUAUAAAGUCUCGGUGUCAAAAUGAAGUCUCGCUAUUGGGUUUGCUAGUUCUUAUGUUAUAAUCUUAGAUUCACUUGUCCACUUGGCAUCUAGCUUAGCUUUUGCGUGUGUAUGGGUUCCCCACCAGGAGAUGUGGAGACGUAUUGCCACUCUUUUGUAGAUAACCUAGGUAAAUUAGUCUUCAGCAUGGGGGAUCGUAACAAUAUCCUGAACCCUUGCGGCAGCAGUACCGCUAAUAAUGUAAAUUAUAUUUGUA